AGAAAUGACUUGCAGUUAGAAGCGACUGGUUGGUAGUUAUUUGCAAAUUAUUAGAAGCGAAAGUUCGCUGCUCAACAGUCUCUUGCCGUUUAAUUUAUCAGCCAAACGCAAGUUGCCAAAGUAUAAGGUCAUAGAAAGAUUUUCAUACGAAGAACGAGGGAUUUUGGUCUCUCGACUCUCACAAGACUCUCUCAAAUUGCAACUUGGUCGGGCCUAUAGCACGCGAAGGGUUAAUUGCCGAACUUUUUCAUAAAACUCGAGUAUUUUGGAAACGCUGAAAUGGUUAUCGGAUCUAGUGGUAAAGACAAAAUGGCUGCAGCUAAUACAGCAACUGGACCAAGGAGUGAUUUCAAUUUAGUUGACUUAAAAUCAGAUGCAUUAAAAACAUCAUGGAGGACUACACUUCCUGCUUCUAGAGACAAAUAUAAUUUCAGCCUGUUUGGCUUUUUGCGAUCAACAAUCGGCAAGGACUUAACUCGGAUAACAAUGCCUGUUCAUUUUAACGAACCCUUGUCAUUUCUGCAGAGGCUCACUGAGGAUCUUGAAUACGCUGAUGUUCUGAAUAAAGCAGCUGAAUGUGAAACAACGAUCGAGCGUUUGGCAUAUGUUGCCGCAUUUGCUUCUUCUGUGUAUGCCAACGUUCCCGGAAGGUUCUGGAAGCCUUUCAAUCCACUUCUUGGUGAAACGUUUGAGUUUUUGAACAAAGAGCAAGGCUAUGCUGUCGUCUGCGAGCAAGUAUCCCAUCAUCCUCCAGUCAGUGCUUUGCACGCUGAAUCCGAUAAGUGGGUGUUUUGGGAGGAGUAUCAGCUAGACACGAGGUUUAGAGGCCUGUAUGUAAAGAUUGUUCCUACGGGAACUGUACACGUCAUAUUCAAGAAGGACAACGCCCAUUAUUCAUGGAAGAAGCCGGAGACAAGGAUUCAUAACAUUGUUAUCGGAACACUUUAUGUUGAUCACGACGGAUUAUCAGAAAUUGUUAGUCACAAUACUGGGGAAAAAGCAACAGUUAAAUUUACACCUUAUAGAAAAUCACACAGCUACAAGAAAUUAACAGGUGAAGUUAAAGAUAAAAACGGUAUAGCGCAGCUCACUUUGGAAGGGGCAUGGGAUGAAGGACUCAUUGCGAGGCCAACAAAUGGUUGCCAAAUAUCAGAGCGAAAACUAUGGACUGCCAUUCCCAAGCCAGACGAUUCUCACAGGGUGUAUGGUUUCACAAAGUUUGCAUUUUGUUUGAAUGAAGCUGACGAAAGUAUAAAUUGCCCCACUGACAGCAGAAGGAGACCCGAUCAGCGUCUUCUCGAAUUCGCAAAGGUAGAGGAAGCUGCGUCAGAGAAGCACAGACUCGAAGAAAAACAACGGCAUGCCAGGAAAGCUCGCGAGCAUAGAAAAGAGACGUGGAAGCCCAGGUGGUUUGUCUCUGAAGUAGAUGCUGAUACCGGGACGGUUUCUCACGUCUAUAAUGGCGGCUAUUGGACCGCAAAAGUAAACAAUGGUUUUGAUGAGAAUGCUCCUGACAUUUUCUAAUAAAGUGCCUUUCUGCCAAGUUAUUUGUAUCUGGAAAACUGUAUUGAAUUUUUGGAAUAAAUUUGUAAAUUAUACAUUAAGGUGAAUGUCAUUUAAUCGGUUACUUUAAUAGUAUCAUUAUUCGAGUUUUCAGUGAGAAAUUUAAUUUUUGUAUAAUACGGGAUUGGUAGUGGCGGAUCAUUUGCUUGCAAGACGCGUGUUCUGGGUGGUAUUCAUGUACUAGAGUGGUAUUAGUAGUUUUGUAUGCUCUUCUUUCAUGUAAACGUUAGUUAUGAAGAAAUUUUCUCACCGGGGCUAACUGAAUAAUUAUUGUCACGUAAAGUCCUCAUUCAGUAUCCAACCAGAUCGAAAUUCAUACUGUCACCAGGUGACUUCCAGCUGAUAUUAAAAAUGUUGCUUUAACUCCAUAGCAGUGAAUUUUUAUCUUUCAAGUUUCUAAAUUGAAUAGGACCCGCACGGAGUAUAAUAAUAAUAUAAUAGUAAUAUAGAUAUUUUUAUAGCGCAUAUUACCCCUAGGCUCAUAGGCGCUCAAAAGCAUAACUACUAGCAUAAAAUCAAAGUGCAGAAUAUAAUUCAAAUGGGAUUCUGAAAAAAAUUUACUUAAUAUUGCUUAACUAUUGGUAACUAAAGCCGUCAUUAAAUCAAAGUAAGGCAUUUGAUGAAUUUGAAUAUUUCUUUGGAUUCAAUGAUUGAGUGCAGAUCAACUUGGUAUCUCUGAAAGCGAUUGCAUCAUGCAAUGGUAUCAGCUAUUGCCGCUCCUUUUCUCCUUCUUAGAUUUUAUUUGUGUAAGGGUCCAGUUUGUUAGUUUUCGACAUAUCAAAGGUGAAGAAAACUCCCCGUUGAAGAUAAGCUUGAAAAGGAAUGCUAGCAUUGGAAAAAAUUCUUUUUUUGAGUUUUGAAGAUGGAUUCAUUUAGUAUCAUUGCGCCUCUUAGUAUUAUUACUAGCAAAUUACUAAAAAAAGUAAAUAAUUUUAUAUGGAACCAUUAAAUAUUAGGUUGGCAUCAUAGUUCUAGUAUUUGUAGUAUCAUUUGCACUUCUCAUCGCACUACAAAAAAGUUGGCCAUCAGUAGCAACCCUUACCAGUUACCAUUCAAAAGCACUAUGAUCCUUAAGAUUGGCCUGCUCUUCAGCCAUUAUGUAUCAGCUGGAAUUCUGAUACAUUUGUCUUUUUGAGACUUUUGUAGCAAGAAUCUGCCCCAGCCUUUGUUGCCACAUCGUUUUGUCUCCAGUGUUUUUCAGGGCAGUUAUUUCCAGAAUCGAAAUCCAACAAACAAUCGUUAGUAGUGUAUGUUUACAAAUAAACUGCUCUAGCCACAGAUGGUGAAGGCUGAGCCAAACCCUUUAACACAUUCUUGGUAGUGUCGUGCAUGGCCCAACAUUUUAUCCCCCUCUCCCCUCAUCCGUUGGCGCGCUAAUAGGAGAGUCACUGUCGAUCCUGGAUUGUAGCUAUGUCUUCAUCAAAACGUCCCCCGUUUCAAUCGUAUUGGAUGGCCUUGACUUUAUCUUAGCACAGUUUCGUAAAUUUCUGUAGCUGUAUCAGUUUAAGCCAUUUGCUUUGAGAAUUUUAUCUUAAAUAACUUAUUCUAAAAAGGUUAAAAGGUUUGUGGUGUUGUAAUAAGGUUUUGCAAGAGAUGUUUGUCACCAAGCAGCUUUCUGCAGUCUCUUUCGUAUGUGAUGGGUAGUAAGGUUACUGUUAAAUGCUUUCUUUAUGUUAUCAAAUAGGAUAUUUUCACGAUUUUAUGUGUAGAAUGAGUAAGUGGUCCCUUCGUGUUGAAAUUCUGCGUAAAAGUGAUGUUUUUCGAUCAGCAUUGUUGAUCUUCAUUGA